AUGAAGAAUCACAACGAAAUGAUUAAUAACAGUAACAACAUCUCCGACAACAUAAAACUUGAAACAUUAAACAUAUUCCUCAUCAAACCUUUCAAACCCAAACCACCAAACCUUAAAAUAUUCAAACUCUCUUUACUCGACCAAAUUUCACCCAAUAUUCAUGGCAACUCCACCUUUUUCUUCCCCAACAACUCUUCUCCUUCUAACUCCUUCUCUCAUAACUCCAAACUUCUCCAAACCUCACUCUCCCAAACAUUAUCCCUAUUUUACCCUUUCGUCGGUCGUCUCCAAGACCCCACCGGCACCACCAUUCACUGCAACAACGACGAUGUUUUAUUCAUCGAAUCUCAAACCACCACCACUCUAUCAGAACUCCUAACCAACCCUAAUUUCAACACCCUCAAAUGCUUCCUCUCAGUCCCAACCACCAAAAAUAAAAACAUGUUAUUACUCCGUUUCACUUUAUUCAGUUGCGGUUCCAGCGCACUUACCAUAUCCAUCACACACAAGAUCACUGACUUUAACACCCUUAUGACGUUUCUCGGCACUUGGACCACCGUAUGCACCACCACGAAAUCGGUUUCACCCCCUGACUUAACCACCACCUCCACUAUCUUUCCUCUGAGAGAAAUCCCCGAGAUGCCCGCUUCAUAUAAACCUUCAUCCAAAAAAUUCCCUACUAGAAGAUUUAUUUUUGAUACAUACAAAAUAGAAGAACUCAAGAGAAAAAUCAGAAGUGAAAUCGAGUUUCACCUUUCAAGGGUAGAGAUUGUUCUAACUCUCAUUUGGAAGUGUGUUAUUUCAGCUUCUCGUUUAAAAAUACAGUCGUUUAACCUUUUGAUUUUGUAUCAAGUUGUAAACCUCCAUCCACAUAUGGACCCUGUCGUACCAGAAACAAUAGUUGGAAACAUUGUGUGGUCGUUUGCGGUGACAGUUGAAGAAGAGUGCCACAUGGCAUUACACGAGAUGGUGAAGAGAAUGAGUAAUGGUAUGAAAGAGUUUAUAGAGAAGGAAGCAAGGACGUUUAAGGAGGAAUGUGGGUUUAAAGUCGUGAUGGAGAGUUUCAAAGAUAGGGUUGAGAGUUUGACUGGGAAUGAGAAAGAGGGUAGUAUGGUAAUUUAUAAAUGUUCGAGUUGGUGUAAAUUUCCAGUGCUUCAAUUUGAUUUUGGAUGUGGGAAACCAGCGUGGAGUUGUUGUGUGAAUGAUUUGGUGAGUAAUGUUAUUGCUUUGAUGGAUACAAAAGAUGGUGAUGGAGUAGAAGCUUUUGUUACUCUUGAUGAGGAUGAUAUGGAGUUAUUUGAACAAGAUGAAAAGUUUCUACACUAUGAUAUGCUUAAUCCUAGAAUUAUCAUAUGA